AGCACUAUCCCCUACUGUUGUCUAAUAACACAGGUUCGAAAUUGGGAGGGAAGAGAGAGAGAGAGAGAGAGAGAGAGAGGGGCAUGAGUGGGCAUGGCGAACCUGUCGAGCCUGGUACACGAGCUACGAGAGCGCAUAGCUGCGACCUCGUCGACUCCUACACACAUCGGAGACGACGUCGCUUUGGAGACCAGAUUCCGCGCCGUCCUCCCCAACCUCCUCCACGCCUACGUCGUCCCCUCUCCCUCCGCCAAUGAGAGAGAAGUUAUAGCUGUAUUGAAGCUAAUCUCCCACACUGCAAGGAAUUUUCCUGGAGUCUUUUACCAUGGGAAGGCUAGCGCAGUUUUACCUGUGGUCGGUCGAGUACUGCCUUUCUUUGCGGAACCUGCCUUUCGCUUUCGACAUGGAGUAAUUUUCGAGACCAUUGGAUCCCUUUUAUCCUUGCUUCGUAGUGGAGCACGAGAUGCGUACCGACAAUUUUUCGUUGAUUCCAUGUUAGUUGUUGAAGAUCUUUUGUACGUGGCUUUGCUCUCUGCUGACAGUUCAAAUAUCACAGAAUCGACUUGUUUGAAUUUAAAGUGUUUCUGUGAGUCCUUUACGGGAAUUUUUAGUGAUCCUGAUCAUCUCGGAGAUCUUCCGGAAAGUAAUAAACCAACUGAUGGCAUUGGAAUUAUGAUUAAUCUUACGGGAAAAAGGAGGUGGCGACCUUUUGUGACCUGGAUCAUUAAGCUUCUCAGUCGAUGCUUAACUGAAGGAACUUUGUAUGUUGAAGGACUAAUCCAUGGGCCAUUUGUUUCUUCUGCAUGUUCUCUUAUAUGUUAUGGUGACGCUGAUUUGCAAAUGGCAUGUUUUGACUUUGCACGCAACAUUGGAUCAGUGAUAAAUUAUGAUAUUCUUUCAUAUCAAAACUUAAUCCAGUCAAUAUCCACCAUAUUAAGCGAGGACAAAGAGGGGCUUCCUGUAUUCAGAAAUAUGGCUUAUGAUUCGUCCCUGGGUGGUUGCCUUCAUGCACUACACUCUAGGUGUGCUGAUGAUGUUGUCAAGCUAACAGCUGCAGAUUUAGUCAGUGUUUUUCUUCAGUCACUGUGGAGAACCAAAAGCCAGGAGCUUAAGGUUGCAUUGUGUAAUGCGUACAUCAGGAUUGCUAAAAUUUGCCCCCCUCAUGUCUGGAGGCCAGAAUCUCUUAUUCGUGCACUUUGUUUUCCAGAACCGUGCUUUCUACUGAUAGAUUGCUUUCGAGUAGCUUUGUCAAUUCUUGGUCUUGAUAGUGUUGGGGGGAGAGCAACAAAUUGUAGUGCUCUAGAUUUAUUAACGUCAAGUGAUAAAUCAAUUGAAAACUUGAGGGUUGGAGAAAAGAGGCCUAUUUCAGAUGUGGAUACUUUCAAGGUCAAACGUCAGAAGUUAGAUAAUGAAAUUACGGCAUCUGAUGCUAAUGUUCAGGUGCAGAGCAAGCACACUUGCAUAGUUACUCGUGAAAGAGAAGACAAAUAUGCAAAUGAUAUGCAUGAAUCACUUCUUUCGUUUGUUAAGUAUCUUAACUCUCCUGAUGCUGGAACUGAUACUUUAAGUCCACAUGUUGCAUUGACGGCUCUUAGCAUGCUUUGCAUUGCCUUCUCUAGAUUCCCAGAUACCAAUCUGUCAAUCUUCAUUUUUCAACAGAUGUAUGCAUGGAUUCCCAGGAUAUGCGAGCUGGCAAAGCAAGAGAAUUCAAUGACGCGUGAAGUUUCCAUUUACCUGGAGGGAAUUCACAGCAUAUUGCUUUUGCAAAGUACCCCGCUUAUGGAGAACAAGCUUUUCAAAAUUACAGAUAAUAGUGCAGACCUUUUAUCUAUGGUACUAAAGCUUCCCUGGUCUCAUUCUCUUUUGAUUACUGAACCUCAAAAUACAUGGAAAACAAAAUGUAUAUCAGUUCAAGUUGCAUCCAAGCUUGGUUCUAGCUUAAAAACUGAAAUUGGUCUUGAAGUCUUGGAUUUGAGUCUUCGUGAUGAAGUUGAAGAAGUUAGACUUGAAGCUGUCGUUUCUAUGCCAGUGAUUGUCUUCUGGUCUGGUCUCGGUGUACUGACACAUAUAUUCAGAAGGGUGGAGUUCUUGGGGAGAGAGAAGCAUGUGAAUGUUAAGAAAAUUGUUCCCCUUUCUCUUGGUUUUUUGUCAUGCCUUUAUGGAUCUUGUACUACUGUAGAUGGUCUAGAUAAAAGUGUGUGCAAAUUAUUUCUGAAUAUAAACAAUGAGAAACAUAGUCAGACAGUAGAUUAUUUACUGCAAGGAUUCUGGUGUUCAAAGUGUGACAGAAGUGUUGUGCACAAUGCUGAAGUAUAUUCAAGAAUCAUAUAUCCACCUGAUAUGCAAAGGAUGGAGAUUACUUUGGAUAGUGAUUUCAUCCAUCUGCAGUCACUUUUUUUUAAACUUCUUUAUGACGAGUCAUCAGAAGAGGUUCAAGUUGCCUGUGUGGAAAUUAUUCGACGGAUUCUUGUACAUGGGACUGCAGAUGUUCUGCUUAAAACUAGAUCUGAAUGGACUAAAUGCAUUGAUUUUCUGCUCCUUAACAAACGGAAGGCUGUAAGGGAAGCAUUUUGCACUCAGAUUAGUUCCUUCCUUGAGGAUCCUAUUUUGAGUUGUCUAUUUUCUGAUGAGGGCAGACCGAAUACAAGUAAAGAACAAAAUUUCCUGGAUAUAAUUAAACAUGCCUUGGCUGCAGCUGAAGAUUCCCAAAUCUUUGAAACUCUUUUGGAAUCUACAGCAGAAAUUAUGAUUGCAGUUGAUAUUUACAGCCAACUCUUUUUGUUUUCUCUUAUCUUGUUGGUCGAUCAGCUAGACAAUCAACACGUGACAGUGAGAAUGAAUGCAUCAAGGUUAAUACACAAAUCUUGCUACUUUCAUCUUAAAGGAGGAUUUGAACUUAUCCUACUAAAAGCUGUUCAUCUUCGAAAUGAACUAUUUGAUUAUCUAUCCGUGAGGCUAGCAAGCCGUCCAGAAAUGGUCAGAGAAUUUGCAGAAGCUGUUUUUGGUGUUGAAACUGAAGAACUUGUGAAGAAAAUGAUUCCUGUUGUUCUUCCGAAGCUUGUGGUGUCUCAGCAGGAUAAUGAUCAUGCAGUUGACACCUUAUAUGAGUUGGCCAAGUGUUUAAAUACUGAUAUGGUGCCUCUGAUAGUUAAUUGGCUACCAAAAGUGCUUGCUUUUGCUCUCCACCAAGCAGAUGGGCAAGAGUUGCUCUCAGCUUUGCAAUUUUACCAUACACAUACUGGCUCUGACAAGCAAGAAAUUUUUUCAGCUGCAUUACCUGCCCUUUUGGAUGAACUUGUUUGCUUUCUGGAUGGUGGUGAUUCAGAUGAGAUAAGCAAAAGGUUAGCAAGAGUACCUCAGAUGAUUAAAGAAGUUGCUAGAGUUCUAACUGGUGGUGAAGAUCUUCCAGGCUUUUUGAGGAACCAUUUUGUUGGCCUCCUUAACAGUAUCGAUAGAAAAAUGCUCCAUGCUGAUGAUUUAUCGCUGAAAGAACAAGCCUUAAAACGUAUUGAGAUGCUGAUUAAAAUGAUGGGUUCUCACCUUAGUACUUAUGUGCCAAAACUAAUGGUUCUUCUCAUGCAUGCUAUCGAUAAAGAAUCACUCCAGAGUGAGGGCCUCUCAGUCUUGCAUUUCUUCAUUGAGCAGCUAGCAAAAGUAUCUCCAUCUAGCACAAAACAUGUAAUUUCUCAAGUUUUUGCUGCUCUUAUUCCUUUCUUGGAGAGAGAGAAAGAAAAACCUUCAGUGAAUUUGGAUAAAGUGGUGAAAGUUUUGGAAGAACUUGUUUUAAAGAACAAAGUUAUCCUAAAGGAGCAUAUUGGCGAGUUCCCUCCAUUGCCCAGUAUUCCAGCUCUAACAGAAGUUAACAAAGCCAUACAAGAAGCGCGGGGGUCAAUGACCUUGAAGGAUCAAUUGCGAGAUGUUGUUGAUGGUUUGAAUCAUGAGAAUUUGAAUGUGAGGUAUAUGGUAGUGUGCGAGUUCAGCAAGUUGCUAAACCUAAGAAGAGAGGAGGUUACAGCUCUGAUCACUGCUGAAGCUGGUUCAGACAUGGAUGUUUUGAGCUCUUUGAUCACAUCCUUACUAAGGGGCUGUGCAGAAGAAUCAAGGACUGCAGUAGGACAGCGGCUGAAGUUGGUCUGUGCUGAUUGCCUUGGAGCACUGGGUGCAGUUGACCCUGCCAAAGUGAAGGGUUUUUCAUGCCAACGCUUUAAGAUUGAAUGUUCGGAUGAUGACCUUAUCUUUGAAUUGAUUCACAAGCAUCUGGCCAGGGCUUUCAGAGCUGCACCAGACACCAUUAUUCAAGACUCGGCUGCAUUGGCGAUACAAGAGCUGCUAAAAUUUGUAGGUUGUGAGGCAUCACUGGAUGUGAAUGCUUCUGCUUCUAUUUCACAGACACUGAAAGAAAAGGAAUCUCGAAAGGUCAUUGCAUCUAGAAUUAAGAGCAAAGAUGGUAGUGGUGAGAUGAAUAGGAGGGGUCAAAAACUGUGGGACCGGUUCUCUAACUAUGUUAAAGAGAUCAUUGCCCCUUGCUUAACCUCUAGAUUUCAGCUUCCAAAUGUGGCUGAUUCUGCAUUCACCGGCCCAAUUUACCGCCCAUCUAUGUCAUUCAGAAGAUGGAUUUUCUUUUGGAUAAGGAAACUAACUGUGCAUGCAACUGGAUCUCGUGCUAGUAUUUUUAAUGCUUGUCGAGGUAUAGUCCGUCAUGACAUGCAAACAGCUAUAUAUCUGCUGCCUUAUUUAGUCCUAGAUGCUGUCUGCCAUGGUACUGAGGAGGCACGCUGUGGCAUAACAGAAGAAAUACUAUCCGUUCUUGAUGCUGCUGCAUCAGAAAACAGUGGGGCAACAGUUCAUGGAGUCAGUGGUGGGCAAAGUGAAGUUUGCAUUCAGGCUGUGUUCACUCUUCUUGAUAAUCUUGGGCAAUGGGUGGAUGAUGUUGAACAAGAACUAGCUCUUUCCCACUCUUUCCAAUCAUCAGCUUCUAAGCAACAAACAUCCAAGUCAAAGGAUCAACGUCAAACUUCUUUGACAGAUCAAGGCCAACUCCUUGUACAGUGUAAAUAUGUUUCAGAGCUUCUGACUGCAAUCCCAAAGGUGACACUUGCCAGGGCCUCUUUUAGGUGUCAGGCUUAUGCAAGGUCUUUAAUGUACUUUGAGUCUCAUGUGCAGGACAAGUCAGGUUCUUUCAACCCUGCGGCUGAGAGGAGUGGAGUUUUUGAGGAUGAAGAUAUUUCAUAUCUAAUGGAAAUAUACAGCUGUCUGGAUGAGCCUGAUGGUCUAUCUGGAUUGGCAUGUUUACGAAAGUCUUUAAGGUUACAAGACCAGCUCAUAAUAAACAAAAAAACAGGAAACUGGGCUGAAGUUUUGACUUCUUGUGAACAAGCUCUGCAAAUGGAGCCCACUUCAGUUCAGAGGCAUUCUGAUGUACUUAACUGUUUACUAAACAUGUGCCACCUUCAGGCCAUGGUAACUCAUGUGGAUGGUUUAAUUUCUAGGAUUCCCCAAUACAAGAAAACGUGGUGCAUGCAAGGUGUGCAAGCUGCAUGGAGGCUUGGCAGGUGGGAUUUGAUGGAUGAGUAUCUUAGUAAAGCUGACGAAGAAGGUUUACUUUGUAGCAGCUCUGAGAGUAAUGCUUCCUUUGACAUGGAUGUUGCAAAGAUUCUCCAGGCAAUGAUGAAGAAGGAUCAGUUCUCAGUUGCCGAGAAAAUUGCAUUGUCCAAGCAAGCUCUGAUUGCUCCUCUGGCUGCUGCUGGGAUGGAUUCCUAUACACGGGCUUACCCAUUCAUUGUGAAACUUCACUUGCUAAGAGAGCUGGAAGACUUCCAGAGUCUUCUUGUUGAUGAUUCUUUCUUGGAGAAAUCAUUUCAUUUGGGUGAUCAGGGAUUCUCAAAAGUGAUGGAGAACUGGGAGAAUCGUCUCAGAUUUACUCAGCCAUCACUUUGGGCAAGGGAUCCGCUUCUGGCUUUCCGAAGAUUGGUUUUUGGUGCCAGUGGUCUUGGUGCUCAAGUUGGGAACUGCUGGCUUCAAUAUGCAAAGCUCUGUCGCUUGGCUGGUCACUAUGAAACAGCAAACCGGGCAAUUCUUGAAGCUCAGGCUUCAGGUGCACCUAACGACCACAAGGAAAAGGCUAAGCUUCUGUGGAGUACUAGGCGAUCUGAUGGUGCCAUUGCGGAGCUUCAACAAGCUCUCCUGAACAUGCCUGUCGAGGUUGUAGGCUCCGCUGCAAUAUCAUCAAUCACUAGCCUUUCACUGGUUCCACUGAACCCACCGCCUUUGGUUUGUGAUACUCAGGCUCUGAAUGAGAAUCGAGAUAUAGCGAAGACCCUUCUCCUCUAUUCUAGGUGGAUCCAUUACACUGGGCAGAAGCAGAAAGAGGAUGUGAUAAGUCUUUAUUCCAGGGUGAGGGAAUUACAGCCUAAGUGGGAGAAAGGAUACUUCUAUAUGGCCAAGUAUUGUGACGAGCUGCUUGCUGAUGCCAGGAAACGUCAGGAGGAGAAUUUUGAUUUAGGUCCCAGGAUAGUGCCCCCAACUUCUGCUGUUGUUGGUUCUUCAAAUGUAAACACUGAGAAGCGCUGGUGGUCUUAUGUGCCUGAUGUACUGUUAUUUUAUGCAAAGGGGCUACAUAGGGGCCACAAAAAUCUCUUUCAAGCACUUCCAAGGUUGUUAACCCUGUGGUUUGAAUUUGGGAGCAUUUAUCAAAGAAGUGGUUCGUCUUCCAAUAAAGAUUGGAAAAGUGUCCACGGGAAGGUAAUGAGUAUUAUGCGUGGCUGUCUGAAGGAUUUGCCAGCAUAUCAGUGGUUAACAGUAUUGCCUCAGUUAGUUUCCAGAAUUUGCCACCAAAAUGAAGAAAUUGUUCGAUUGGUCAAACACAUAAUCACUUCAGUGCUUCGGCAAUACCCACAGCAAGCUCUAUGGAUUAUGGCGGCUGUUUCAAAGUCGACCGUUCCAUCAAGGCGGGAGGCAGCUGCUGAAAUCAUACAAGCUGCACGAAAAGGGUUCAGCCAAGGAAAUAGUGGCAACAAUUUGUUUGUUCAGUUUGCUAGUCUGAUUGAUCAUCUAAUCAAGUUGUGCUUCCAUGCUGGUCAGCCAAAAUCGAGGACCAUUAAUAUCUCAACCGAAUUUAGUGCCUUGAAGAGGAUGAUGCCGCUGGGAAUUAUUAUGCCAACUCAACAAUCUCUUACUGUUACUCUACCAACAUAUGAUGUGAAUCUCACAGACUCGCUUACCUCUAAUAUCUUUUCUGCCACAGAUCUUCCUACAAUAUCAGGAAUAGCUGAUGAAGCUGAGAUUCUCUCAUCUCUUCAGCGACCUAAGAAAAUUGUUCUAAUGGGCAGUGAUGGCAUUGAACGUCCUUUCCUCUGUAAACCCAAGGAUGACCUCAGGAAAGACGCACGUAUGAUGGAGUUCACCGCAAUGAUAAAUCGGUUGUUAUCCAAAUACCCUGAAAGCCGUCGAAGGAAGCUCUACAUUCGCACCUUUGCGGUGAUUCCUCUAACAGAGGACUGUGGUAUGGUAGAAUGGGUGCCUCACACUCGUGGAUUGCGGCAUAUACUUCAGGACAUUUACAUAACCUGUGGAAAAUUUGAUAGGCAGAAAACAAAUCCUCAAAUUAAACGGAUUUAUGAUCAAUGCCAAGGUAAAAUGCAGGAUGAUGAGUUGCUGAAGAACAAGAUUCUUCCAAUGUUCCCACCAGUUUUUCAUAAAUGGUUUUUGACCACUUUCUCUGAGCCGGCUGCUUGGUUUAGGGCUCGGGUUGCCUAUGCACACACUACCGCAGUGUGGUCCAUGGUUGGGCAUAUCGUGGGGUUGGGUGACCGACAUGGUGAAAACAUUCUUUUUGAUUCUACCACAGGUGAUUGUGUUCACGUUGAUUUCAGUUGCUUAUUUGACAAAGGCUUGCAGUUAGAGAAGCCUGAGCUGGUGCCUUUCAGGCUAACCCAGAACAUGAUUGAUGGUUUGGGCAUCACUGGGUAUGAAGGAAUUUUCUUGAGGGUCUGUGAGAUCACGCUGUCAGUACUGAGGACACACAGGGAGACUUUGAAGAGUGUUCUUGAAACUUUCAUUCAUGAUCCGCUUGUAGAAUGGACAAAGUCUCACAAGUCCAGUGGCAUAGAGGUUCAGAAUCCACAUGCACAGCGAGCCAUCAGCAAUAUUGAGGCAAGGUUGCAAGGGGUUGUUGUUGGUGUUGGGGCAGCACCAUCUUUGCCUCUAGCUGUAGAAGGUCAGGCUCGUCGGUUAAUUGCAGAAGCAGUAUCUCACAAAAAUCUUGGCAAGAUGUAUAUAUGGUGGAUGCCAUGGUUUUAGGAGUUAAAUGAAUAGAGAGGUUUUUCCUCUACUGAGUCCAGGGUUAACAUGAUUAUACAGGUGAAACUAGAUAGCUACUCAGUUUUGCGUUGAAAUAAGCCUUGUAAUUCGUAGAGAGAAUGUGUCUUUGGCAGAUUUCUGCAAGAUGGUGUUUCACUAUGGGGGAAUAUCCUUGUCAUGGAUCAUGCUAUAACUUGUUGAAGGUUUGAACAAGCUGAAGGUGACAGUAUUCAAAGAGUGGACCACCUACAUGGGACUGUGGAUAGGUUUUUGGUUAAGGAGAUAGUCAAAGGGAGAAGUGUUGUACACUGUAUGCUGCCCUUUGCAGCAGUAACUGAACAUUUGCAGUAUGUUCAGUUGCACUAGCAUUUCCACCUAGAUACCUAAAGGACUCUCUGUACAUGAGAUAUUUCCUUUUGUAUAUUACUUUGGGUCGGCAUAGGUUUUUUUUUUUUUUUUUUUUUUGUAUUAUAUUAUGUAAAAUGGCAUUUUGUAAUUAAUUAUUAUUAUUAUUAUUAUUA